AUGACCACAAACACCUUUACCCUAACAUUCCUCGGCGAUGUCAUGCUAGCCCGCCUAAUCGACCAACUCCUCCCAAACCACGUCGCCAGUCCAACAGACGCCCGCACCGCCGCCCACUUCAAAUCCGAAUAUCCAUCUCUAUCAUGCGCAAACUAUACUCCCUCUGCACCAUGGGGCACAACACUCCCCCUCCUCCGCACCUCUGAUCUCCUCUUCAUCAACCUCGAAACAUCAGUAACCACCACUACUUACCCAUGGCCAAACAAGGAAUACAACUACCGUUUGCACCCAGCAAAUCUAGCCCCCGUCCUCCACGCCGCAAAAGUCGACUACACUAGUCUCGCCAACAACCAUAUCCUCGACUACAGUACAGAAGGUCUAAUCGAGACGGUAUGGACACUAAAAGAAGCUGGUAUCUCUUUUGCGGGUGCAGGCGAGAAUAUCGAUGAAGCAUAUAAACCCGCAACACUAUACCUUCCACGAUCGGUGCAAGAAUAUCAUUCCCGACGGGUAGAUGGGGAAAAAGUGCUAUCUACUAGGUGGGGUAAAGACGAGAAAGAGGUACUAAAUGAUCCUGGGACGGGAUAUCCAGUUUAUGUGUAUUCGGCCUCUGAUCAUCCCCAGGAAUGGGGUGCUACCGUCCCAAUUUUUCAUUUCAUUGAGUAUUCGUCGGCAACGAGGGAGCGGUUGCGCAGGUUGAUGCUGAGAAGUGGGGAAGCGGUGCAGGGUGGUGGGUCGGCGGCGCCUGCACUUAAGAUCUUCUCGGUACAUUGGGGCUCGAAUUACACUUGGUGUCCUUCUGAUCAGAUCCGGUCUUUGGCACACUUUCUUAUUGAUGAGUGUGGGGUCGAUAUUGUUCAUGGACAUUCAUCGCAUCAUAUCCAGGGCGUGGAGGUUUAUCGUGGGAAGGUGGUUAUAUAUGGUUGUGGGGAUUUUGUGGAUGAUUACAUGGUCCGUGAGAAGUAUAGGAAUGAUCUUGGUGCUGCGUGGAGAGUUAUUAUUAAGGAAGGUGAGGAUAAAAGUCUUAUGCUGGAUCGAUUGGAGAUAUUUCCUACUCGAGUUGAUCAGUUUCGAGCCAAUCUGCUUGAAAAAGGUGAUAAAGAUCACAGAUGGAUAAGGGAGAAGAUCCGGGAAUUGAGUGGGGAGUUAGGGACUACUGUAAGCAGCGAUCUAGGGGAGCAAGGACAGAUCCUUAUUGAUAUAAGGUGA